AUGAUGCGCCACGGCCAAUUCAGGAGCGUAUUGAAGGGCGCUCUGGCUUCUUGCCCGAGGGCUCAGCAGCAUACCUUCCACACAUCAUGGAAACCCGCAGUUCAGCCCUCGGCCUCACAGCCUCAUGGCGCCCGCUGGAAUGGCUUCCGUCAACAUCACUCCACGACGACACGGUCCAGCGCACAGUCUACCCCCAAGCAAGCAAGAGCCUUCCCUCCGCUCUUGAUCGUCGGUCUCCUCCUCGGCGGCACCGUCUACUACCUCGCCACACCCCCCGCCAAGCCCAAGACGCUCAACAGCGAAACCUUCAUCCCCUACACCAUCACCGCCCGCGAGGCCAUCUCGCCCACCUCCGUCGUCCUCACCAUCGCGCCGCACGUCCGGGACCCCUCCCCGCCGUACCUGCAGCCCGGUGCGACCCCCUCCCGCUGGAAGCACCCGCUCUGGUCCGUCGAGUUCAAGCAGCCUGAGGUGCAGAUCGCGCGGCACUACACCCCGCUGCCGCCCCUCCAGGCAGACACCGACGAUGAGGCACGUGACGGAACGCUGCGCUUCUACGUGCGCGCCGUGGGCGGUGGCGAGAUGUCAAAUUACCUGAGCCGUCUCGGCGUUGGGCGGGACGUCUGGCUGAGGGGUCCGCACGCGGGGUUCGAUGUCCUGCCGAGGCUGGGCAGCUGCAGGCGCGUCGUCUUCCUCGCUGGUGGGACGGGCCUUGUGCCGGGCAUGCAGGCCGCGAGUGCUGUUCUUGAUCAAAGUGACGACGCAAAGGUGAGCUUGCUCUGGGCGGUGAGGAGGAGGGAGGAGGUGCAGGCCGCCGCUGCGCCCCCGACGGCAGCCCCGUCGUGGCAACUCUGGACGUCCAAGAGCCCGACGGAGCUACGCGCCGAUAUGGAGAAGCCGAGCCACAUCGCGGCGCACCUCACGGAGAUGAAGGCCAAGUAUGGCGACCGGCUGGAUGUACGCGUGGCCGUCGACGAGGAGGGCACAAAAUUCCGCGACAGCGACAUCCGCAAAGCACUACUCGCCGGUCCUUCAGCCACGGAACACAGCUCAGGGUCGGGAUGCCGACUCCACGAUCAGCGGCUGCACGAGCAUGCAUCCGAGUUUGAGACGCCCGGAGCGGCAUGUCAGUGCCCCGACUCCGGGGACGCCAAAGCGGGCAAGAAUCUCCUCAUGGUCUCCGGCCCGGAUGGCUUCAUUGCGCACUACGCCGGCCCCAAGGUCUGGCUGGGUGGCACGCUCACGCAGGGGCCCGUGGGCGGUGUCGCGGCUGAGCUCCAGAGGCGGGAUGGGAAGCUAGCGAGUGACUGGCUUGUACUAAAGCUGUGA